AUGUGGCCCAAAAGCUUGGUUGUGUACAUAUCACCGUGGAAUCUUUGCGUCAAGAUGCAUUUGGUCAACCGCAACACUGGCCAAAAUCAACAAAACUUUUGUCUCUCCGCAGAACCAUAUCAUACUUUGUAUAAUCCCCCAUCGGAUCCAUCAGUGAAGAGUCGAUUAGUUCCAGCCGCCGACGUUUCUGACCUCGACUGCCGCAUUGCAGAGUUCAAGCAUAAUUUCAUAGCUUUGAGUCAAAUUUACGAAGACAUAAUCGUUAAGCUGCGCACGGAUCAGGCCCUAGGCGACCUUUACACACAGGCGGUUUGUCACAUCUCGCGUCCGCCCCGCACUCCGGCCAUGUGGACACCACGUGUCCUCCUUCUGGGUUUUUCGGGCUCCGGCCGCAAAACAGUGGCAGCUGAGCUGGUCAAACGCUACUCGCUUGUCUCCGUGCACUGUGGGACUCUCAUCAGGAGGGAGGUCCUUAGGGAGACAAAGCUGGGAAACGCCAUGGCAACCUACGCCAAUGCUCGUUUGGCAGUUCCCGACGACAUGUUGAUCUGCCUCCUGCAGUCGCGACUGUCGGAGCUCGACUGCACCCUUAGGGGCUGGGUGCUCUAUGGGUUCCCGCGGUCUCGGGUCCAGGCCAAGCUACUCGACGACGCCGAUUUGGCUCCGAACCGCGUUAUUUUCCUGAACCUGAGUCAUGCCGACGCCACAGCCCGCUUGAACGUCCGUCUCAUGGACGCCGUCACGGGAGAUCAUUACGACACGUGUAGCAAUCCACCACCCCCGAAGUUGUUCAAUGUGCCUGGACGCAUCGGGCGCACGCCUGACAUGCAGGAGUGCGACGUAAACUACAAGCUGACCCGCCACGCCGCGCAUCAGGACGAAUUGACCGAGUUCUAUGGCCAGCGCGUGCUCAAUGUGAACGCAAACAAAGACGUCGAUACGGUAUUUGAACAGGUCGAAGCGUUGCUUGUUAACAAAAUGCCAAGGCAAUUGCAUCUGGCAGGAAAAUAG